CAAUUAAAUUUAUAAUAUAUUGAUAAUCAAAUUAGUUGGGAUGGGAUUACAUGGGAAAUUGGUUGCAGCAAUAGAGUUCAAAGCUGGUGGAGAUGUAUUCCAUGAACUUUUCAGGCACAAACCGCAUGAUAUUUCCAAAAUUAGCCCUGAAAUAGUAAAAGGAUGUGAUCUUCACGAGGGUGAAUUUGGUCAUAUUGGUUCUAUCAUAUGCUGGGAAUACAUACAUGAUGGAAAGGUGAAGAAAGCAAAAGAAGUGAUCCAAUUGAUUGAUGAAGAGAAAAAACUAAUUCAAUUUAAGGUGAUUGAAGGGGACUUGAUGGAGCUUUAUAAAGAUUUGAUUAUUACUAUCCACGUAGAGACAAAUAAUGGCAUUGAUUUGGUGACAUGCACCAUGGAAUACGAGAAGCUUAAUGAAGAUGUGGAGCAUCCCAUUUCUAUUCUCUCAUUGUUCAUUGACCUCACCAAAUCUAUUGAGACUCACCACCUUGCCCAACCUUGAAUUAAUGGUGUCAUUUCCAACUCUACAAUGGAGAUAGAUAUGUUUUACUAUUUAAUAAUGACAAUAAGAGUGUUUAACUACACUCUAUCUAGUGUGCUUGAUUUGUGUGUGUGAGAGACUCACCUUGUUAUGUAUGUUUAAAGUUUCCAAGCUGUUGUAUUUUUGGCACUUGUUUUUUUAUUUUGAAAUUGAGUGGACUUGGUUUGUGUUUCAUUGAUAUAUUAUCCGAUUUUUUGAUUA